AUGGGUCACGAUCUUAGCAAAAUCGUAGAUACUCUCUACCAGACCACCAAAAACGAACGAUUGACAGUUUUAGAGAACUUGCUGCAAGAUAAAGAUUUAUGUAAAAGUUUGGUCAAAGGUGCCAAAGAUACUCAAAUACACUUUCUGCCUCGAACUGUCAGGUCCAAGAAAAAGAUACCACCUUCUAAAACUUUGCUGCCUCCAUGUACGUUGGAUGCGGAAAGCCUCGUACGCUGGUCUGCGAACCCUUCAGAGUUCUGGCAAUCUCCUGAGAUAUCGCUCGAUCCAAACUCUGCUGAGAUUUCCAACUUUUACGAUGGUACAGUACGGAACCUGUUCUUUUAUGACUUGCUCCAGCUCCUCAAUCCGCAAGGAUGCAAUAAGACUGUCAGUACAAGCUACGACAAACUCUCAACACUAAUCACCUCCCAAAGUUCCAUUCAUCACGAUCUCAGUACCGUCCGCACGAACAUUGUCGGAUGGGUAAGGGCAGGACGGAGAUACCACAGACUAUCAACUAGCUUUGGUGUCGGGAUCCUCAUGGCACUCCCAGCCCGGAUAUCAGUAGACUUCCUCGAGAAAAGGCUACCUCUUGACGACACUGAGUACGAAGGAGUUGUUAAACAAUUUCUAUAUCUGAAGGAACCCGCACAAAAAAGUCAGCAAGCAGCAGAACGAAUUCGAUCGACGACUCUUAAUCAUUUCCGAUUCCUUCAAGUGUCCUUUUCUUCACCAAGAGAGGGUCAGUCACGGCCAUUCGAAAGCACAAGUCUAGGCCCCCUGACACAAAAUGGAAGGAAAUCCGAGCUUGAAGAUAACGGACUGGUGCCCAUUCAUAGCGGUAGCACAAUGAACUCUCAUGAUUCUAUGUCUCUGCAAGCAUCUUCAACAGCGCAGGUGCCAGGACAGCCAUUCGAAGCUAUACGGCAGCAUUCACGGCACACAAUCCCAAGUACAUUUGAGCCCAAAGACUCUGGAGGUUUCCCCGCUGACAUAUCAAGACGCAGACACAACCGCUAUGGAAGUACUCUCUACAGCUGCAAGUUUUCAAUCUCCCGAAAACCAUCCUGCACAUUUGUGUACGCCUCCGCUCCAGCAACAACACAUAGGGAGCAAUCGAAUUGGCAAGUUCUUCCUCUGGCCAUGUCUGCGUCUUAUUCGAAUGAGGAUAUGAUGACAUCAGGAGAAUUUUAUUCCCAGUCGAGCCAGGCUGUUCUGCAAGAGGCUACGACAUAUCCUCAAAGAGAGGUCGGAGAAGUUCAAAGCCAGCUUGUAUCAAUGCCUACAGCGAAUAAUGGCCAAUAUACCUACGACAAAGUCUGGGAUUUCGCUCCAAGUAUUCCAACUACAAUCCAAUAUCCGAAUGACUACAUUCAAAUCUGGCUACCAUGUGCCACUGUCUCCCUACAAGAUAUGUGGAGUAUAUCCCCACCCAUCGAUUUCAUCCCUGCGAAUCAAGUGUAUCAUUAG